AUGACGGACAGCGCGGAGAAGCAGAAGCGUCGAGAGAAGGUGAGGCCAGGAAGACGUAGGGAUCGGAAGUUCGUUGGCAGGUCGAAAAGUUCUUGCAAAGCGUGAUCGAGCGAUUGAAAAAGUGGACCCCGGCCUACUGCCAGCGUUUGUUCCAAGAGAAGGAACUCGUUGAGCUCUGCUACAGGUUUUUUCCUAUCGAAUCUCUCUUGUCCCUUUUUUCCUAUUUAUAAACUUUUAAAACACAUCCAUCAUGAAUCACGAUGAAUGAAUGAUUAUCCCGCUGACAUACUGCAAAAAAAAUCUCGCGGGUCUCGCAAUUUGAAAAUUUCUGAAAUGUGAGGUCGCGCCGAGUAAAUUGCGAGACCCGCGCGAGAACUGAGCGAGAUAGUUGCGAGUUUGUCAAUGUACCGCCACCGACCUCGCAUUCUCUCGCGCAGCUAGCUUUGUAGUCAUAAUAGAGCUUCUUUGCAAAAUCAGUUGAUCAUAUCAUUUUUUUUUUCAGAGCUCGUGAGACUUUUUGGAAAGAAAACACAAAAAUCGAUGUGAGAUAUUUCUUUAACUUUUUUUCCUGUGGAAACUCUUUCAGCUCGAAGUACCGAUCAAAAUAUGUGGGGACAUUCAUGGGCAGUUUGAAGAUCUGCUCGCCCUUUUCGAAAUGAACGGAUGGCCUCCAGAGCAGAAGUGAAUGGUCUUUCUGAACUUUUCAAUAACUGAAUGGCUAACAGAUAUCUGUUCCUGGGCGACUAUGUGGACCGAGGACCGUUUUCGAUCGAAGUGAUCACGCUGCUUUUUGCCUAUCAGGUGCUCUAUCCAGACAAAGUGACGCUUCUCCGAGGAAAUCACGAGUCGCGUCCUGUCAACAUGCAGUACGGCUUCUUCAUGGAGGUCAAGAAAAGGUGAGAUCAUCUUGUCUUCUGCGAGGAGGAUCCUCGUCUCAGGUACUCGGUGCAGCUCUACGAGUGUUUCCAACUCGCUUUUUACACGAUGCCGCUCUGUGCUCACAUCUCCCAGCGAAUACUCUGCAUGCACGGUGGCAUCAGCGAGGACCUCGUCGACCUCAGGCCCGUUUUUUCAGUCUUUUUUUUUGUUUUCCAAGAAAGACUAGAUUCUUUGAAUUUCUCAGAUUUUAAUUCCAAACGAUUACAGACAGCUGGAGAAGAUCGAGCGUCCUUGCGACAUUCCUGAUAUUGGCGUUAUCGCAGACCUGACGUGGGCGGACCCAGACGCGACGACCAAAGGCUACUCAGAGUCGCCGAGAGGGGCCGCACGAAUCUUUGGCGCAGAUGCCCUCAAAUCCUUCUGCAAAAUGCACAACAUCGAGCUCGUUGUGAGGGCACAUCAGGUCAGUCUCCAUUUCUGAGCCUGUUGACUCGCUUCAGGUUGUGAUGGAUGGCUACGAGUUUUUUGGAGACAAACAGCUGGUCACCAUUUUUUCGGCUCCGUUCUACUGCGGGCAGUUUGACAACGCUUCAGCCGUUAUGAACAUAGACGAGAAAAUGGUGAGAAUAAGGAAAAGUGAGAUGAGAAAAGCAGUUUCAAAUUUAAAAGUCCUAUGACUAAUGCCGUAUUCAAUGUGAUUUGGGCGAAAUUCAAAAUUAUAUCUGACUCUCCAAAGUUCAUUCAUCUUUUUCUUUCUGUGAGGGCUAUUUUGGAUUUCGCGGAAUCACUUCGAACACGGUAAUCAACUACUUGAUGGAAUUUUCAGACUUGAAUCAUCUCUCAAAACCUUGUGUUCGAACGAAAUAAAUCCAAUCGUUGCAGUCGAUAUCGUUCACUAUCAUGCGGCCAGACCUCGGCCGGAAAAGGACAGCGCCGGCAGUCAACGCGGACCCUCCUACUGCUGCCGCCAAAUGA